AUGCGUGGAAGGCUGAGGCUCGGGGAAGACGUCCCUCCUCUACAGGACAGCAUUGACAUCCUGCUGCGCCGAGUGAAACACCUCCUCUCCCCUGAUGACCUGCUGACCCUGUACAAGGCCCAAGUCAGACCUGUCAUGGAGUAUGCCCCCCUCACCUGGAUGUCAAGCGCCCGCUGUCACCUUAACCUGCUGGAUAAACGGCAACAGUGGACACAACAGACUAGCACAGCAGCUCCAGCAUUGGACUGCUUGGAGCACCGCAGGAAAGUCGCCGCCCUGACGGCGCUACACAAGGCACAGGUCCAGCACGUGCCACACCUGGCGGACCUGAGGGCCACCUGGAGGAGGUCUGAGCGAUGCACGAGGACGGUGCUGAGCAACGACUCCCUUUUGGAGGUCUCUAGGUCCUACUCCACCACCCACCAGCGCGCCUUCACUGCCACAACGGCCAGGCUGUGGAAUGCCUUCACCACUGCUGUGGACAUCAGGCAAAUGUCCACCCAGCAGGCAAGGGUUGCUGCCCACAGAUGGCUACAGCAGCAACCAUCUUGA